UCCCUAGAAAACUCCCAACCAGAAGAAUCGAUGAAGCAGGCGACCCUUCUAGCAAUUUUCUCGCCGUAGCUGCGGAGCAAUCACCAGGCUCUUCAGUCCACACUAGUCCAUGUUAACCUCACAGUACUAGUUCUCAUUCUGUCGCCCAGCGACGAAACCGUGACAACGAAAGUUUGAAGAAGGCUUUCCGUAUUUGGUUGUCUGUUUUGGUAAAAAAAGUCCAUUUCUAGCCGUGAGGACUCCGAUUGUGUUGGCUCUGCGUCUUACAGCCCAGGAAAUUGAAUUAGUCAGGUCAACUAGAAAACUACAAUAAGGAUGCUUACCACCCUCCAGCCUGCACACAUCCCCCAGCUUCCCUGUAUCCAUUCAUCUGUUCGCUAUAGCAGACACAGCAAACUAAUAGCUUCAGUUGCUUGGAAGCAUGAUGAGACACCAUUGACCAAGCGAAUUCAUACUUGUGCAUCAUGGCCUUCUUCCUGCUCUGAAAUGAAGCUUAGUAGAAUAUCUGUAGAUUAUGAUAAUAUGUUCAAAUUCAAUAGAUUGCCAAACUGCAUUCCCUUCAGAUCUGAACUUAGUGGUACUGACUCUACGAGUGCUGUCCCUCCACUUUCAGAUAUGCACUUGGAUUCAAAACUUAGAGGGAUUUGCUUCUAUGCUGCUACCUCUUUAUCUGCCAUUUUUUUGUUUGUGGCAAUGGUUGUUGCACAUCCUUUUGUUCUCUUAUUUGAUCGCUACCGUCGAAAAGCUCAUCACCUUGUUGCCAUGGUCUGGGCAAAAUUGACAGUCUCCCCAUUUUAUAAAAUUGAGAUUAACGGAUUGGAAAAUUUGCCACCCAAUUAUGCGCCUGCUGUGUUUGUGUCCAACCACCAGAGCUUUUUGGACAUUUACACUCUCCUUACUCUUGGGAGAAGCUUCAAAUUUAUAAGCAAGACUGCUAUUUUCUUAUUUCCGAUCAUUGGCUGGGCCAUGUAUCUGAUGGGAACUAUUCCUUUGAGGCGUAUGGACACUAGAAGCCAAAUGGACUGUCUUAAGAGAUGCAUGGAUCUUAUCAGCGAGGGAGCGUCUGUAUUUUUCUUCCCAGAGGGUACUAGGAGUAAAGAUGGAAAGCUAGGUGUAUUCAAGAAAGGGGCAUUCAGUAUUGCUGCAAAAAGUGGAGUUCCUGUUGUUCCAAUUACCCUUAUUGGAACUGGUGAAAUUAUGCCAGCAGGAAUGGAAGGCAUGGUAAAUUACGGGACAGUUAAAGUUGUCAUUCAUCAGCCUAUCGAGGGAAGUGAUCCAGAAGUGUUAUGUAGGGAGGCAAGGAAUGUGAUAGAAAAUCAACUUGCACUCCACUGAUGAGAGAGAUAUACAUUGUUCUUUUGUUUCAUUUUAUGAUCCAAAGGGUUUUUUGUCUGGGCUUAAAACUUUACUUCUGCACUUCUUCAAAGAGUAGAAUCAAAGAGUAGAAUGUUACGGGUCACUACUUCAAAGAACGACCUCCACAUACUCUUCACCAAUGCGCGUAGUGCCUGCAUGUCGUGUGUGGUUGCCCUGACAUUGGAUGGAGCUGCUCACACUGAUUUAGGCGUGGAUAUGGUCCGGUCCUGGGCCAUAAAGUAAAAAACAGGGGAUCGAACAGGAAUCAGAAUUGACAGGUUGAAUCAUGAUUUGGAGGAACAAGACAGGCAUAUAGCCUCCCUCAGUCCCUUGUAUGAGGAGGAACUGGGAGUUCAAAUCCAAUGGUUGGGGAGUCGUGCAACACUACCUAUGUGGGUAGUACUCCGUAUCAAUGUAGCCCGGUUUCAGAUCACAUUUAUCUUCUAAGAGGAUAUGAUAGUAUGAUACUAUACCCUAGAGAUUUAUAAACUAUAGUGAGUAAACCAUAUGCUUUGAAUAACGAAUCAUUCCAAAUUCCAUAAUUUAUUUGAAAGAAUCGACUGGAAUAUGGAAUAAAGUUCUUAGGUAUCUGUGGGACUCACUCCCAUAAUUCAACUGAGUCACAACAUAAUAAAUGUAUUAUGAAAAUAAUAACAAAAUCAAUGUUUGAGGCAA